AUGGGGGGACCGAGAGAGUCCGGAGAGGGGCUCGCAGACUGCGGGCCGGCCCGGACCCGCCGGAGGCGGGAGCAGGUCGGGAGAGAAGCUCCCACAGGUGAACCGAGAGGAUUAAGAGGGCCAACGGGAACCGACCGUGACGGGGGACUGGCAUUGGGGACCCGGGGGAAAACUAAGGGAGAUAGGGAGCCCCAAGGCCUCAUUGACCUCUUAGAUUCCAUUUUGUUCACUCAUAAUCCCACCUGGGAUGAUUGUCAGCAGCUGUUGCAGGUGCUCUUCACCACGGAAGAACGGGAGCGAAUUCUGGCAGAGGCACGGAAACGGGUACCAGGGGUCGACGGGAGGCCAACCGCCCAGCCUCAUCUUGUGGACGAGGGGUUUCCUCUGUUGCGGCCUAACGGGGAUUUUGAGCAGGUGGAAGGUAGGGAGCGUCUCCGAGUGUACCGCCAGACUCUAAUGGCUGGCCUGCGGGCUGCAGCAAGAAAGCCGACAAAUCUGGCAAAGGUAAAUUCAGUAAGGCAAGAGCCCACUGAAAGCCCGGCAGCCUUCCUAGAGAGGCUGAUGGAAGCUUUCAGGCAAUAUACACCUAUGGACCCCCAGGCUGAGGAGUCACGCGCUGCAGUUUUGUUAGCGUUUGUGAAUCAGGCAGCCCCAGAUAUUAGGAAGAAAUUACAAAAGGUAGAGGGAUUGGGAGAACAGACAAUACAGGAUUUACUGAAAGUAGCUGAAAAGGUAUUUAAUAAUAGGGAGACCCCAGAAGAAAGGGAAGAGCGAAUUCGGCGGGAGGAAAGGGAAUUAGCGGAAAAGAUCAGGAAAGAAGAGAGGGAACAUAGGGCGAGGGAAAACCGGAAGAACCAGAAGGAGCUAGCCCAGAUUCUUUUUGCGGGGUUAAAGGCCGGAACAGAAUUGAGGGAACCUCGAGACCCCCGGACGGGAGAAAAAGAAAAACCAAAAAGGCAGGCCCUAAAGAAGGAUCAGUGCGCCUACUGCAAAGAACAGGGGCACUGGAAAAACGAGUGCCCUAAGAGGGACUCAAGGAGAGGAAUGACCCAGAGAGAGAAAAUCGCCCCCGGAACUCGAGUUCUAUAUGCGGGGGAAGACAGUGACUAGGGGAGUCGAGACUCGGCACCCCUCCCCGAGUCCUGGGUAACCAUACAUGUGGAGGGGAAACCCGUUGGCUUCAUGGUAGAUACUGGCGCCCAACACUCUGUUUUAAAUAAAAAACUGGGACCAAUGUCUAAGAAAGCCAGCUUAGUGCAAGGAGCCACGGGGACAAAAAGAUAUUGUUGGACCACAGAACGGAAAGUAAAUCUGGGGACCCACCAGGUGUCCCAUUCGUUUUUGGUGAUACCAGAAUGCCCAGCCCCUCUACUUAGAAGAGACUUGUUGACUAAAGUUAAUGCUCAGAUCCAUUUUGACCCCGGGGGAAUGUCAGUCACGGAUGGACUUGGACAACCGAUACAUGUCUUGUCCCUAGCCUUAAGGGAUGAAUACAGACACUUUGCGCUUAAGUCCUCAGAGACCGUAGCACUAGAUGUACAACCGUGGGUCCAUAAAUAUCCAUUGGCCUGGGCAGAAACAGCAGGAAUGGGACUGGCUAAACAGAGACAUCCGGUCGUCAUCGAGCUAAAGGCCGAGGCAAUUCCUGUGAGGGUGAAACAGUACCCUAUGAGCCAAGAAGCUCGGCGGGGGAUCACUCCUCACAUUCGACGGCUCAUGGAGGCCGGAAUUCUCAGGCGAUGCCAAUCCCCUUGGAACACCCCCUUACUGCCGGUGAAGAAGCUAGGGGGGACAGAUUACAGACCUGUCCAAGACCUGCGAGAAGUCAACAAACGGGUGAGUGACAUACACCCAACUGUCCCUAACCCGUAUACCCUCCUGAGCAGUUUACUGCCUGAGUACACUUGGUACACUGUGCUGGACUUGAAGGAUGCCUUUUUCAGCCUACCCCUGGCAGUCCAGAGCCAGGAGAUAUUUGCCUUUGAGUGGACUGAGGGGGAAGGCCAACCGGUAGUACAAUUAACUUGGACCCGCCUCCCACAGGGGUUCAAGAACUCCCCUACCUUGUUUAAUGAGGCUCUGAGUGAGGACCUCUACGAAUAUCGGGCUUGCCACCCAGAGGUCAUUCUGCUACAAUAUGUAGAUGACCUUAUGUUGGCUGGAACCACAGAGGAAGCUUGCGGCCGUGCCACUGGGGACCUAUUACAAACCCUAGGCAUCUUGGGGUAUCGCGCUAGCGCAAAGAAGGCACAAAUAGCCCGGCAAGAGGUCACCUAUUUGGGGUAUAAGAUCAGGCAGGGGCAAAGGUGGCUAACUCAGGCCAUGAAAGAAACAAUAUUGCAGAUACCAGAGCCCAAAAACCCCCGCCAGGUGAGAGAGUUUCUGGGGACUGUUGGAUAUUGCAGACUGUGGAUUAUGGGGUUUGCUGAGAAGGCCCGGCCCUUAUAUGAGGGAAGUAAAGAGACCCCAAAGUGGACUUGGACUGAGCCAAUGAAACAGGCUUUCCAGACACUCAGACGGGCCCUACUAGAAGCCCCAGCCCUUGCACUGCCUAACCCAAAUAAGCCAUUCCAGCUGUUUGUAGAUGAAAAGCAAGGAAUAGGAAAGGGGGUCUUGACUCAACAAUGGGGACCAUGGAAGCGGCCGGUAGCAUACCUUUCGAAACGAUUAGACCCGGUGGCCGCUGGGUGGCCCCCUUGCCUUCGCAUCAUUGCAGCUACAGCCCUCCUCGUCCGCGACGCUGACAAGCUGACGUAUGGACAGCAACUCUCGGUUUACACCCCCCACGCCGUGGAAGGGGUUUUAAAGCAGCCGCCGGGUAAGUGGAUCUCCAAUGCCCGCUUGACACACUACCAGGCCUUGCUUCUCGAUGCCCCACGGGUGCGUUUUCAGACCCCUUGCUUCCUAAAUCCGGCCACGCUCCUACCCAACCCAGAGAAGGACAGCCCUCUCCAUGAUUGCAGUGAGAUACUGGCUGAGGCCCUGGCGGCAUGAAAAGACUUAACUGAUGUACCCCUAAGCAACAGUGAGCUAGUAUGGUUCACCGAUGGGAGCAGUUAUGUAAAAGAUGGGCAAAGGAAGGCGGGAGCCGCCAUAGUUGAUGAUUCAGGGCAGACGAUAUGGGCUGAGACACUACCCCCAAACACUUCUGCACAAAAAGCAGAAAUGAUUGCCCUAAUACAGGCUCUGGAGCAAGCCAAAGGGAAGAGAGUCACCAUUUUUACUGACAGCCGAUAUGCUUUCAGCACUGCCCAUAUUCAAGGUCCCAUAUACCAAGAAAGGGGAUUUCGGACAGCUGAGGGAAAAGAGGUCAAAAAUCUGCCUGAGAUUCGCAGGCUUUUGGAAGCUGUCCAACUACCCCGGGCAGUAGCGAUAGCACAUGUCCCCGGUCACCAGAAGGGAGAAGACCCUAAGGCGCGGGGCAAUCGUGCUGCUGAUGCGGCCGCUCGAGAAGCAGCUAGCCGGGACUAUGCUGCCCCCAUAUUAGCCGAUACCACCCUCCAGAAAGAUGACCAAGAUGGAUGGUACCGAGACGAAAACAACAACCUGAUCUUGCCUGCCACCCUGGGUCGUCACCUGUGUGAACACCUGCACACAACUACACACUUGGGAGAAAAAAAGACCCUAACACUUCUCCAGAUGGCCUGCCUGAGGUUCCCUCGACAAAAUGCAACUGUACGAGAGAUAAUUCAAGCCUGCGAAGCGUGCCAGCUGAUGAGGGCAGAGAAGAAGCAGCACUCGGGAACGAGGUACUGAGGGGAAAAGCCAGGGCAACAUUGGGAGAUAGAUUUCACCGAGGUAAGGCCAGGCAAGUAUGGGUACCGCUAUCUGUUGGUACUGGUAGAUACCUUCUCGGGGUGGGUAGAAGCUUUCCCCACUAAGGGAGAGACAGCAAUAGUGGUUGCUAAAAAGAUCUUAGAGGAGAUAGUGCCUAGGUAUGGGCUGCCAGUGACUAUGGGCUCUGAUAGUGGACCUGCCUUUGUGAGCCAGAUUGUACAAGGGCUGGCCCAAGCUCUGGGGAAGAAAUAGUUACAUUGCGAAUAUAAUCCCCAGAGCUCAGGACAGGUUGAGAGAAUGAAUCGGACCCUAAAAGAAACUUUGACAAAGUUGGCAAUAGAGACUGGCGGGGACUGGGUGACUCUCCUCCCCUUUGCACUCUUUCGGGCACGUAACACCCCUUAUAAGCUGAAUCUUACUCCUUUUGAGAUUCUGUAUGGAAGACCCCCUCCUGUGUAUCCUAUUUUCGAAGGAAAAUGUCUGCCACCCCCUACUUUGGGACAAUUCCAGCAAACUCUGAUAGCAUUAAGUAAGGUGCAUAACCAUGUUUGGAAAUUGAUUCGAGAGAUACAUGAGGGCCAAAACAAGAGGGCCCUCCCCUCACAUAAUAUUAGCCCAGGUGAUUGGGUUUGGGUAAAACGACACCAAUCUAAAGUAUUAGAACCUAGAUGGAAAGGCCCUUAUGUCGUUCUCCUUACCACUCCUACCGCUGUCAAGGUUGACGGGAUUGGACCCUGGGUUCACUGCAAUCACAGGUGGGAUGUCGGAAACAGAGAUCUAGUUAGCUUCACCUUCAAGGACCGUAGACACCAGGGGCCUCAGGUACGAGUACGAUUUAACCAGGAACGGGUGAAAAAAGAAAACCGCUGGACCUCAGGACUGACUUGGGGUUUUCAGCUCCACGUAAAUUGGCCCGGCCCCUACCCAGGCGAGCUUUUAAUCAUUAAACAGGUUAUUGAGCCGGUGCAGGUACAUAGUUUAGGUCCCAAUCUGGUCAGAGCAUUACAGGGGCACAAGGCGACCCCCAAGCCAACCCCCUUUAGACCAAGCUUGCCAGGAACAUUUAACAUCUCCUCUACCCCGAGCCUCAGAGGCAAACUGACAGAAACCCCUGGCCCUCUGGCUGUUACCAUUAGCUCAGCAAUUCAGGACCCCCUAUGGGCCUUAGUGAAUGCAGCCUUUACGGUCUUAAACCAUACCAACCCUAAUGCAACCCAGUCCUGUUGGCUUUGUUAUAAUCUUCACCCCCCCUUCUAUGAGGCCAUAGGCCUCAAUGUCUCUUACCACUUAUCUUCAGGCCAGAACCCACCCCCAUGCCGAUGGGAAGAACGCAAGGUUGGCCUCACAAUGAACGAAGUUUGGGGACAGGGACUCUGUUUGGGCACAGUGCCACGUGAUAAAACUUCCCUCUGUGCCCGGACUAUUAGUAACCUACGCUUAUAUGGCAAAAAUUGGAUUGUGCCAGAGGUUGGGGGCUGGUGGAUUUGUUCACAUACUGGGCUAACCCCAUGUUUAAAUGUGAAGGUUUUUAACCAGAGUCAAGAAUUCUGUGUCCUGGUUGCUGUAAUGCCAAAAAUCUUAUACCACUCUGAAGAGGUUAUGUACUCACAUUGGGACCGAGAAUUGCCAAGACAAAAGAGAGAGCCAAUCAGUGCGAUCACCAUGGCAGCCUUGUUCAGUCUUGGGCUGGCAGGAGCAGGGACAGGAAUAGCUUCACUAUCUCUGCAAGGCCAAGGGUUUUCUUCCCUACGAGCCGCCAUAGAUGAAGAUAUAACUCACAUAGAAGAAUCAAUCAGCCACUUGGAGAAGUCUCUGACUUCCUUGUCUGAGGUGGUCUUGCAGAAUAGGAGAGGAUUGGACUUGAUUUUUCUCCAACAGGGUGGGGUCUGCGCGGCUCUGGGAGAAGAAUGUUGUUUCUAUGCAGACCAUACAGGAGUGGUAAGAGAAUCUAUGGCAAAAGUAAGAGAAGGGCUGGCGCAACGAAAGAGGGAACGGGAGGCCCAGCAGGGAUGGUUUGAGUCUUGGUUUCAACGCUCCCCCUGGCUGACCACCUUAGUUUCCACCCUCCUGGGCCUGCUUAUAGUGCUAUUAUUAACACUCACGUUUGGCCCUUGUAUUUUAAACCGGCUAAUGUCAUUUAUUAAAGAACGUCUAAAUACCAUUCAGAUUAUGGUAUUGAGGCAGCAAUAUCAGAUGGUAUCCCAGGAUGAAGAGAAGGAU